CACUACGACCUCAAGCACAACCUCUGCAAACUUUCAGACCUGCGCCGCUCCGGUGAUCCGAACGUCGCCCUUCAAGAUGGUCGCUGGAGAAAGCGACGAAGACGAAACUGAUCCCAUGAAAGUCCUUCUACCGGAUGAACCAGAGGUUGAGAAAAGAUUGACUAGUGCAGAUGAGGAUGCCCAAAAGCAGCGACUGCAGGACAACCACAUCCAUUCUAUCGAUACAACGGUGGUGAUCAGGCAGCUCCCCUCCCAAGGUCUCUCCUUCCAGCUCUGGCCUGCAGCCACCACCCUUGUCACCCUCCUUGAUCAGCUCCGUUCUCACCCCACCAACAGCCCACUCUCUCCCAUCCUCUCCGCCUUAUCCAACGAUCAAGAUCAUCGCCCUCUCCGCAUCCUCGAACUCGGAUCCGGCACUGGCCUUGUCGGCAUUGUCGCCGCCGCCACACUCAGCGCUAAUGUCACCGUCACCGAUCUCCCGCACGUGAUCCCCAACCUCCAAUUCAACGUCGAGAUGAACUCCCACAUUUGGGGCCCGCAUGGUGGAACUGUUGAGGUGGCACCACUCAGGUGGGGAGAAGCUGAUGACGUGGAGCUGAUUGGGCGAGAAUUUGACCUGAUACUGGCGUCAGAUGUAGUGUAUCAUGAUCAUUUGUAUGACCCCCUUCUCCAAAGCCUACGCAUGUUGAUGGGGUUGGAGGGUGCUGACAACAAGAAAAUGAUGUUUGUGAUGGCUCAUUUGAGGAGGUGGAAGAAGGACUCCGCUUUCUUCAGAAAGGCCAAGAAGCUUUUUCAAGUUGAGACGUUACAUGUGGAUCGCCCUACCCAGGGAUCUAGGGUCGGAGUUGUCACUUACAGUUUUAGAGGGAAAUCUCAGAAUUUUGAAUGAUACCUCACAAUUCUACUGAUGAAUGCGGAAUUGCGUUUCUUUUGCCAACGCUUUUUUCCUCUUCCAAUGGAAAUUUGUUGAAGAAAUUCAGUUGCUUUA